AUGUCAGCGUCCAACGGAGUCGGAAGUGGUACCAUCUACACACUGCAAGCCUUGGUGCUGCUCUGGUCGAUUACGGUUGUGUCGGCAAACAAACGAUACUGUGGAGCUGAGCUGGUGAAAGUACUCUCGUUCCUGUGUGACGAAUUUCCCGAUCUUCAUACGGCAAACAAAAAAGCCAGUGACACCUUUAAGACGGACAUGGGCAGCGAUGAGUGGAUGACCGCUGACGAUAGCAUGCAGCAGCAACAGCAGCAACAGCAGCAGAUGAUCCUCGAUCAACAGCUGCAGUCAGUCGGUAUGGUGGAGGAUCACGGUUCCGUACCGGUCUGGAUGAACAUGGUCUAUCCGCCGAACUACAUGUACCAUCGUGGAACCGGACAUAACGAGUUGAUACCGGCACGUUUCCGCAAGAGUCGCGGAGGCAUCGUAGAGGAGUGUUGUUUGCGACCCUGCGGCAUGAACCAGUUGCUGCAGUACUGCAAAAAAGCUAGUGGCUACUAAGAGGCCGGUCGGUUCCUGAGUACAUUGCAUAGUCUCUGGAGUAAAUAGCUAUCCCACACGCAUGAACCGCUGCCCUUGGAUGACCCCCGGGGAAGACCCAUUUUGUUGUGCACUGUGCCUAGUCACUGAAGUAUUUUACUACCUAUUAUACAUGUAUGAAAAUGAUUAACUAUCUCAAAGAGAAUGAUAAGCUGCAGCCUUUGACACGAUGUCUGCACCUUUACUUAUUGCGCUGUAGGGAGGAAUGAUUCGUACAAAACCGUACAAAAAACACACACACACAAAUAACGACACAAACAAACUCUACUUCUAGUGGGUUCAAUUAUGGAUCCAACUAAACCUUUAUCCUCAAGCUCUCAAGCUCACUGUUAUCGGAUGAUUGCUUUAUUACGAUGUUGCUAUUUUUGCGUGAUCGCAGCCAGCAGUUUAGGUGAUAGAGAGGUGCAUACGUACUAUUAUUGUUCAUCCCGUAGGAGCUACGCUUCACCGCUCAGUUACGGUAUUAUUGUAUGGAUAUUAUAGAAUAAACUUUAUCGAUAUUGGCAACUGCAAACUGAAAUA